AUGGAUGCCACGGUCGUUACUUUGAUGUCCCGUCCUCGUUCAAAGCUGACGAAUAAUCAGCCACAGUUGGGUAUCAAAGUGCGCCCAUCUUAUCGAAUCUGCAGCUCGGGCUUCGUUGGUAGCAGGAAUGGCAGCGAUGACAUGCUUCCACUUCUCGACCCAUUCUCCCGGAAUCGCCAAAACACCACCUUCCUCUGGAUAGGCGAUAUGAUCACCGAAUGCAUGAUCCUUACAUUUAGUUGGCUCUUGACUGCUUGUAGCCACCGCUCCAUUGGUUCCCAAAGAGCGGCGCUCGGGCCCAGAACAAGCUGCAAGCGACGGGCAGCCGAUAGCUUUCGAGCCAAGAAGCACCUCCCGGCUCCAACUUCACCAGAUACACACGCACCCUUUCCUGCUUCAUCUGCUUGGGCUGAACCCUCAAUUGUUGUGCAAUAUUUCCCAGGUGCACCGCUAGGAUUAUCCCGAAUCAAAUUCUGA